AUGUCGCCCGUUGGAAUUCCUAGAAAUGCCAGAAACAGUGUCGUUCAUCCCUCUGAAAAUGACACCAGUAACAUGUUUGGUGCCAAAGUGAACAGACCACACGAAACUCACGAAAAUAACGGUAAAAUCCCCCUGGGACAGUACAUAUUCGAGAGGUUGCUCUCAUGUGGAACAAAAACCGUUUUUGGAGUACCCGGCGAUUUCAAUCUGACAUUACUGGAGCAUAUGUACUCGCCAAAAGUAAUCGCGGGAAAGCUUCGGUGGAUCGGGACCUGUAACGAGCUCAACGCGGCGUAUGCAGCAGAUGGUUACUCCCGCUACACCAAUAAAAUCGGAUGUCUUAUCACGACUUUCGGCGUGGGAGAAUUGUCCGCUUUGAACGGUGUGGCAGGCGCAUUUGCAGAAAAUGUCAAAGUCUUGCAUAUUGUGGGAGUAUCACCGUCGAGUUUUCGAACCAAUGCUGCAAGGUUUCACCACAAGGUGCACCAUCUCAUCCCUGCUCUCUCGGACCCGAAUUUCAACCCACCCAACCAUCAAGUAUAUUUCGAAAUGAUUCGAGACAGAGUUUCUUGUUCCAGUGUCUUUCUGGACAACAUCGAGGAAGCAUGCGACCAGAUAGAUAAAGUUAUCAACGACAUCUACCAAUCGAGCAGACCAGGAUACAUAUUUGUUCCCGCAGAUUUCCCGGACAUGCUGGUUCCCACACUCAAUCUUGACCAUCGAGCACUCAUAUCUUUGACCAGUGCAAUGUCUAGUUUGACAGUGAGUCAAGAAGACGUUAGUGCUUGCGUCGGGCUUAUUCUGCAGUGCUUGUACAAGUCCGAGACACCUGCUGUGAUUGCUGAUGUUCUUUGCGACCGCUAUGAUCUGAACGGUAUGUUAAAUAACUUUGUCGAAAAGUAUGGGUUGUGGAGCUUCAGUUCCGCCAUGGGAAGAUCAAUUCUGAAUGAGUCUACUCCUUAUUUCAGAGGGUGCUAUAACGGGGCGGAAAGUGCGCCAAAUGUCAUCAGUAACAUUGCAAAAUGCGACUUUAUUAUGCACGUCGGUGCGGUAAAGAACGAGAUGAACACAGGCCAUUAUUCGUUAGAGUUUAAGCAAAACGCUUGCGUGGUGGAAAUGCACCCAGAGUACAUCCACAUCUCAAAACCGGGCAGCACCCACAAAUUUACAGGGUUUUUCAUGACCAAAGUCUUAGAGCGGUUGCUCAUCGAGCUGGACACCUCUAAAUUGCAACUUAGCUACCCUUCGUGUGAAAAGAACGAGCCGGAACAGGAAGAAAUGCCACAACCGGGACAAUCAAUAACACAGCUUUUUCUUCAGCAACAAUUUCCAAAAAUCAUUAAUCCUGGGGAUGUCUUCAUCGUAGAAACUGGGUCCUUUCAGUUUGGAGUUCGCGAUUAUGUUUUCCCACCUAACCUGAAAUUCGUAUCGCAGGCUUUCUACUUGUCAAUUGGAAUGGCACUGCCAUGUGCCUUGGGUGUGGGACUUGGUAUGCGAGAUUAUCCUUAUCACCACAUUAGCACACUGCAAGAAAGCGAUCUUACGGCUUUCGAUCCGAAAUUGAUUCUAUGUUUAGGAGAUGGGGCAGCCCAAAUGACCGUUCAAGAGCUGACAUCCUUUUUACGGUAUAAAGUUCCAUCAGAGAUCUUUGUUUGGAACAAUGGAGGUUAUACCGUCGAGAGGGCCAUCAAGGGUCCAACGCGACCAUACAACGACAUCAUGAACUGGAACUGGACAAAGCUACUUUACGUGCUCGGGGACAAAGAUGAAACCGACACUUGCGGGACAACACUCGACAACGUAAGCGACCUUGCCAAGUACUUUGAAAAUUUCCGCGAUCCCCACAAAAAAGUGAUCAGAUUGGCGGAGGUAGUUCUUAGUGUGUUAGAUUUUCCGGAACAACUGAAAAUAAUGGCGGCUGCAUGCCAGCAUUGA